AGUCUACGUUUUGUCGUGCCACUGAUUGGUAUUCUAAACAUUUAAUAGUCGAAUUAAUAUUGAAAGUGAAGACGUUCGUUUGUCGGUUUUAUAUGAUAAAAGUGCUACAUUGAUCAACACUAAGUUACCGAUUUGAAGUUAACCGAAUUUUGUGCAUAAGAAACUAACACGAUGUCUCACUCAGUAACCAUUACACGAACAGUUACCACCUCCAACACAACAUCCACAUUGGUUGUGAAUACCGGCUACCUGAAAACGGUUCCUGGUCUACUUAAACUUGUACAAUUGAUAUUAGGUGCCGUUUGUGUAGGAUUAGCAUCGUGGUAUUACAACAAUCGAUAUGAUUAUACUCCAUCGCUGUUCUUCUUACUGAUGGCCACGACAUUUUUAGUUGGUACAUUCUGUUUGCUGGUGUCAUGUUUAUUUUCACUGAGUACAGGUGGCAUCAUCUCCAAAACCAUUUAUGAGUUGAUCUACCACUCGAUCGGAGCCAUCCUGUUGAUAGCAGCAUCAAUCACACUGUUGAUUCACGUUAACAAGAACAAUAACAGUUACUACCAUGAGAAAUUCUUGAUAGCUGCGAUCAUCGGUCUCAUCAAUGGCAUACUGUAUGUGGUUAGUGCUAUACUAGCUCGACGAUCGUACCGUGGCAUUUAAAAAUUCUCAACACUUCAGAACAAAACAAAAAUUUAAUGUUAAUCUUAAAAGAAAUCUUCAUGUCUAAUCGUCUAAGCUGGAUUCAGUUAAAUAAGCGCUUUUGCAUGUCUAAUGCUUAAUUUACUUAAGUUACUUAAGGAUUUUACUUAAAACAAAAUUUAAAUUUAUUUUUUUUUUUAACUUUUUUUCACCAAUUUGUGUUUUUUAUUGUAAUUUGAUGAAUUUUGAAACAUCAUGAUUAUUUUUUGAGUAUCUAGUCACUGUAGAGAACUCAUUGAGCUAUUAUAUGAAAGUUUUUUUUUAAUUGUAAAUUUUUUUGUUUUAAAUAUUUUCACCCUCGAUUUAUAAUAAAAUAUGAGAAAAAAUUCAUCUCAACAUCGCAUCGAUUUAUAUUUUUAUGGAAAAGAAAAGUAAACCUGUCCGUACUUAAUGUACUCAAUGUAAAAUGGAACAAAUAAAUAAAAUAAAUGGACAAAAAAC